AAUUUUCCUAUAAAAAACCUAAAUAAAUAUUAUAAUUUUAAAUAAAAAUUAGGAAUACACUACUACUACUACUACCUGUGUUGUAUAGCCCAUAGGGCACCAUAUCAUUUGCACAAUUUAUUGUUAUAUUCUUGAAGCUGUUGGAGUUGAAGGAAUUCGCAGUCUCCUGUGUCGCUUUAUACUCGUAGUAGAAGGCAGGAGGGAGGCUUGUGCAAAGCAAAGUGAAGAAACAGGGUUUUGGAGAGAGAGAGAAUGACGGACAAAGUGCGAAUAGAAGAAGUUCAGUCCACCACCAAGAAGCAGCGUAUAGCCACUCAUACCCACAUCAAAGGCCUCGGUCUUGAGGGUAAUGGAAAUGCAAUUCCUUGGGCUGCUGGUUUUGUGGGUCAGAGAGAUGCGCGGGAAGCAUCCGGUCUUGUUGUCGAUAUGAUACGUCAGAAAAAGAUGGCAGGGCGGGCUCUUCUAAUGGCUGGACCCCCUGGUACUGGUAAGACUGCACUGGCUCUUGGUAUAUCCCAGGAGCUUGGGAGCAAGGUUCCAUUCUGCCCAAUGGUUGGGUCAGAAGUAUACUCAUCAGAAGUAAAGAAAACUGAGGUUUUAAUGGAAAAUUUUCGAAGAGCUAUUGGUCUACGUAUAAAGGAGAAUAAAGAAGUUUAUGAAGGAGAGGUAACAGAACUCUCACCAGAAGAAACUGAGAGUGUGACAGGUGGCUAUGGUAAGAGCAUUAGCCAUGUAAUUAUUGGACUAAAAACUGUUAAAGGAACCAAGCAACUAAAAUUGGACCCUACUAUUUAUGAUGCACUGAUCAAGGAAAAGGUAGCUGUUGGUGAUGUUAUAUACAUUGAAGCAAAUAGUGGAGCGGUAAAACGGGUUGGUAGAUGUGAUGCUUUUGCUACAGAAUUUGACCUUGAAGCAGAAGAGUAUGUUCCACUUCCUAAAGGAGAGGUUCACAAAAAGAAGGAAAUAGUCCAGGAUGUUACCCUACAUGAUCUUGAUGCUGCAAAUGCACGACCACAAGGUGGGCAAGAUAUAUUAUCAUUGAUGGGUCAGAUGAUGAAGCCUAGGAAAACUGAAAUCACUGACAAAUUACGACAAGAAAUAAAUAAGGUUGUUAACCGAUAUAUUGAUGAAGGUGUAGCAGAGCUUGUCCCUGGAGUUCUGUUCAUUGAUGAGGUCCACAUGUUGGAUAUGGAGUGUUUUUCUUACUUAAAUCGUGCCUUGGAGAGCUCAUUAUCUCCCAUUGUUAUAUUUGCUACAAACAGAGGGAUUUGCAACGUGAGAGGUACAGAUAUGGCUAGUCCUCAUGGAAUACCUGUUGAUUUGUUGGAUAGGCUAGUGAUUAUCCGGACACAAACUUAUGGUCCUGAUGAGAUGAUUAAGAUUUUAGCGAUUCGUGCACAAGUAGAGGAACUGGUUAUUGAUGAGGAGAGUUUGGCUUACCUUGGGGAGAUUGGACAGAGAACUUCUUUAAGACAUGCUGUUCAGCUUAUAUCUCCUGCUAGCAUUGUUGCAAAAAUGAAUGGUCGGGACAGUAUCUGCAAGGCGGAUCUCGAGGAAGUCACCUCAUUGUAUCUGGAUGCCAAGUCUUCAGCUAAGCUUCUCCAAGAGCAGCAAGAGAAAUACAUAUCUUGAAACACUAGUGAACAUUCCUGUGAUUUUGUUUUUUUGUUUUGUUUAUUUUCAUGUGGAAGUAGGAACAAAUGGGUCGAUUUGGUUAUUUGGUUAAAAUAUGCGGCUAGUGAGCCUGAGUAAUGAGUUUUCAUCAAGGGGUUAGAUUAGAAAAGGGGUGUUAAUUUAUUAGCAUCUUAUGCUGCUUAGAUUCUUUGUAAUUGUAACUUAAUGUGCAACUCGUUCAAGGUAUUAUUCUCAUUUGAUGUGGCA